AUGUGGACGGAGGUCCAGGAGCACGCGCAACGCUGCCGCGGCAACCUAUGCUGUCCCCGCCCUCGCGGUUCCCCCCCCAAAAAGACAAGCCUUACGGACACGAGCCUGCACGACUUGUUCGCAGGCUGCGGCGUCCUUCCUCCGGCGGCCCUCCUCGCUCCCCACCGCAAGCGGGCGGUCAGAGACAUGGAUAUCGACACAUGUGCUUCGGAGGUUGCCUGUGCACGCUCAUGCUGUACAAGCGCAGCGUUGGCUAGUGGAAGCACGUUCUCGAACACGAGGGACCCCGCGGCCCACUUGAGCCAGACUUACAAGAUGAAGGAGCUGUGCCCAGUGGUGACCACCGCGAAGGAGGCGCGGAAGGAGAGGCUGGCCCUACAGUGGCAUUUCGAGCUGUUCAACAACAAGCUCUCCCACCUGUCAGAGCUCAUCGGGCAGAAGUUCGCGGCCCUGGACGCACAGAGGGCCGAGCCGCUCAAGUGACGCGCCCGCGCGGCAGCAGGCGCAGACCUGCAGCGCCCCGCUCUGCGCGGACCCGUUCGCGCGGGAGGCGCCCGCGCGGGGCGUUCUUCGCCAGCGCGUCUCACCGGCACCGUAACGGGUACUCACUAACGGGUACUUUGGAGAUUUGGUCACUGGCCAAAGUACCCGUUAGUGGAGUCCCCGUUAGACUGGCGCUCAACGUCUCACCCUGCAGGGGCUGACCUGCAGCUCUCUGCCGUUCCCCAGCGCGUCUCUGCAGCGUGCUCCCUGCGGCGGCGCCCCGCGCUGCGCCCAAGCCUUGUUUCGGCGCCGGUCGUUAGCUUUCUUUUGCUGUCAGGGCCCCAGAAUUCCCGUUCUGCGAGGCCCUGGUUCCGCCGCACGCAGACAGCUCCCUUGGCACAGCUGAUCACCAAGGCCUUGCCAAGUAAAACGCGGCAGCGCCACGCUCCGCUUGUCCUCCCCGCCCCGCCGCGCGGCGGCCCCUGGCGGCGGUGGAGCGGGAGGCCUCCUCCUCCUCCUCCUCCUCGUCCUC